AUGGCUAAGGACUACCCAGCUUCUCCCAAAGCCCAGCAGCUGCAGGAAUCCAAGAAGCAGCGCCUGACAUACAUCCUCGUUGUAAGCGCGCUGUGCAUCGCCUUCUACGUCCUUGGCACAUGGCAGAACACCACGCUUCCAAAGCCCAUAGGCAACUCGGCGAUCACCCGGGUUGGCUGCGAUCCCUCAACUGCCUCCACGACACAGUCCUCUGGCUCUGUGCCGUCGUUUGGGCCAGGCUCCGGCGAGGUGCUUGACUUUGACGCACACCACCGGCUCACCAUCAACAACACAGACGGCGAUGGGGAACUGCAGCAGUUCCCAGCAUGCCCUCUCAACUUCAGUGAGUACACGCCGUGUGAGGACCGUACGCGCGGGCGCCGGUUCGACCGCGCCAUGCUAGUGUACCGGGAGCGCCAUUGUCCUGGCAAGGACGAGCAGGUCCGAUGCCUCAUCCCAGCACCGCCUGGGUACAGGACCCCCUUCAAGUGGCCUCAUAGCAGGGACUACGCCUAUUUCAACAACAUCCCCCACAAGGAGCUCAGCAUUGAGAAAGCAGUGCAGAACUGGAUCCAGGUUGAGGGCGACAAGUUCAAGUUCCCUGGUGGUGGCACUAUGUUCCCGCGUGGUGCUGAUGCCUACAUAGAUGAUAUCGAUAAGCUCAUCUCAUUAUCGGAUGGGAAGAUCAGGACGGCUGUUGACACAGGUUGUGGGGUUGCUAGUUGGGGAGCUUACUUGCUGAAGAGGAACAUCAUUGCCAUGUCAUUUGCGCCAAGAGACACGCACGAAGCUCAGGUGCAAUUCGCACUGGAAAGAGGUGUCCCUGCCAUCAUUGGUGUGAUGGGGAAGCACCGGUUGCCUUACCCAUCUAGGGCAUUUGAUAUGGCACAUUGCUCUCGCUGUCUGAUUCCUUGGUAUGCACAUGAUGGACUAUAUCUUGCUGAAGUCGAUAGGAUUCUAAGGCCAGGAGGAUAUUGGAUUCUCUCGGGUCCUCCAAUCAACUGGAAGACGCACCACGCGGGGUGGGAGAGGACAAAGGACGACCUCAAGCAAGAGCAAGACAAGAUUGAGGAUGUCGCGAGGAGCCUUUGCUGGAACAAGGUGGUUGAGAAGAGGGAUCUCUCCAUCUGGCAGAAGCCUAAGAACCACCUUGAGUGUGCCAACAUUAAGAAGACAUAUAAGAUACCCCAUAUCUGCAAGAGUGACAAUCCUGAUGCUGCUUGGUACAGACAGAUGGAAGCCUGUGUUACUCCAUUGCCUGAAGUAAGCAACCAGGGAGAAGUGGCGGGAGGAGCAGUGGAGAAAUGGCCAGAGAGGGCAUUCUUAGUUCCCCCCAGGAUUAAAAGGGGCAUGAUUCCAGGAUUGGAUGCAAAGAAGUUUGAUGAGGACAAGAAGUUGUGGGAGAAGAGGGUGGCAUACUACAAGCGCACCAUACCCAUAGCAGAGAAUAGAUACAGAAAUGUGAUGGACAUGAACGCAAACAUGGGUGGGUUUGCUGCUUCUUUAGUGAAGUACCCUGCGUGGGUGAUGAAUGUCGUCCCUGUUAACUCUGACCGGGACACCCUUGGGGCAAUAUACGAGCGAGGGUUCAUUGGCACAUACCAGGACUGGUGUGAAGCUUUCUCAACGUAUCCAAGAACCUAUGACCUCUUGCAUGCUGACAAUUUGUUUAGCAUCUACCAAGACAGGUGCGAUAUAACCGACAUCCUCUUGGAGAUGGAUAGGAUAUUAAGGCCCGAGGGCACAGCUAUCAUCCGUGACACAGUUGACGUGCUCACGAAAGUCCAGGCGAUAACCAAGCGGAUGCGGUGGGAAAGCCGCAUCAUGGACCACGAGGAUGGCCCCUUCAACCCAGAGAAGGUCCUCAUGGCGGUUAAGACGUACUGGACUGCCAAAGCAGAGGAGGAGCAUUAG